AUGGAGCCCUCGUUGUGUAACGCCAUCAUAGAGGACUCUGAAACCGGCGAAAGGCUGUGCCCAUCGCUCUGCUCAAUUGUCUCUAUCACCGUCACGCCUGAAAAUAAUAGCUUGCUAAUCAGGCGUGGGAGGUCCAUCCAAACAGAGUACAAGCUGGAAGAACUUGUCGGGCUCUACACGGACGAUGCAUAUCCAGACCGGGUGGCUCUGAAAUUCAGAUCGGACAAGCACAACGUGAUACUGCUGUGCAGCAUUCACAAUCACAUUCAGAACAUUUUGUCUUUCAUCCACGAGUACAUAGCCUUGAACGAUCAGGACCAUAUUAUUAACAACGGGUAUAAGAUAGACAUAGGCUCGUUCUCAUGUAUGAAACGUUAUACGUUAGAAUUCAACUUUGACAUUUUGUCAAACCUCGUAUUAGAAAAUGUCGGUGUGCGAUGCUUAGUAGGGCUGGAGAAUUUUCCACAUCUCCGGAGUAUCAGCUUGUCGGGCAGCGAACUGGGAAAGACACGGCUCGAAAAGGAUACAUUCUGGAACUGGAUGUCGUUGAAAAACAUCGGAAAAUCAUUAAAGAUUCUGUUAAUAGAUAAUGUUGAUCUGAGGGAGGUACCGUUUGAAAUGCAGAACCUGACCAAACUAGAAACUUUGUCUAUGGCUCAUAAUAAACUGAAAUGUUUGCCUCAUUACUUUGGCGAUCUGACCGCCAUGAGCCGAUUAUUUAUUAACAACAACAGUAUAUCAUACUUUCCAUUUGUGCUACAGGAUAGGACGUUUAUAGAUAUCAAUAUUGAAGAUAAUUUAUUAAGAUUACCGCGAAAGGGUGAGACACCUCCAGCUUAUAGAGAAAAACCACGAGUAGAAAAAAGAGCUCCAGAAAAAUUAGCACAUUUAGCUCUGUUUUCGUUAAUUAAUAAUAAAGUUCAAUUUGAAAGAAAAGAUAUAAAUCGUAAACUAUGGAAGUACUUUAAUAAUAUCAGUCGUUGUAGAGAAUGUAAUAAAUGGAUAGUAGUUUAUCUAAAAAAUGCAUUUUAUGAAAUUGGUUUCUUGAAUACAGCGAAUUAUCAAAGUGUUGCAAAUAUUAUAUUAUAUCAGUAUGCUGAGUGUCUUUAUCCUUGCAAGCAUUAG